CAGGGAUACCGAUGAAAGCGACGUCGAUGUUCUGCAACGAAAGCUGGCGUGUGAAUUUAGUUUAUGAAGGAAACCCAUAGUUUUGAGAUGCAAUAUAUUCUCACCUAUGCAUGUAUUUUGCGCGGAGUUUGCUAGCUAUAUUCUACAAUAGUUUGUUUGUCAACGGUGACUGAAUCUCCAGCUAGCUAACGUUACUUCCAUAAGCUAGCUAGCAAGUUGCUAUCGUUUGCUCUCUAACAUUGCUAGCUGGCUAAUGUUAGCUUUAGCAAGCAAAUUCUAGUGAACGUGUGUUGGGUCACUUGGCAGCAACGAUGUUUAUUUAUCUCAGUAAGAAGAUUGCCAUCCCCAACAACAUACGGCUGAAGUGUGUGUCAUGGAACAAAGACCAAGGCUUUAUAGCCUGUGGAGGGGAUGAGGGUCUUCUCAAAGUCCUUAAGCUGGAGACACAGACAGACGAUGCCAAACUCAAAGGACUUGCAGCACCCAGCAAUUUGUCAAUGAAUCAGACACUUGAAGGCCACAGUGGUGCAGUCCAGGUUGUGACGUGGAAUGAGCAGUACCAGAAGCUCACCACGAGUGACCAGAAUGGUCUCAUUAUUGUGUGGAUGCUCUACAAAGGCUGCUGGUACGAGGAGAUGAUUAACAACAGGAACAAGUCCGUGGUGAGGAGCAUGAGUUGGAAUGCAGACGGCCAGAAGAUUUGUAUUGUUUACGAGGACGGGGCAGUCAUUGUUGGAUCUGUAGAUGGUAACCGAAUCUGGGGGAAAGAGCUCAAGGGAAUUCAGCUCGCUCACGUGGCCUGGUCGCCAGAUAGCAAGAUCCUCCUUUUUGGGAUGGCCAAUGGGGAAAUCCACAUCUACGACAAUCAGGGAAACUUCAUUAUGAAGAUGACGGUCAGCUGUCUGCAUAACGUGACUGGAGCCAUCAGUAUCGCAGGGAUCCACUGGUACGCAGGGUCAGAGGGCUACGUGGAGCCAGACUGCCCCUGCCUGGCCAUCUGCUUCGAUAACGGACGGUGUCAGGUCAUGCGAUACGAGAGUGAUGAAAGCCCAGUGUUCAUAGACACACUGAUGAACGUGGCCAGUAUCCAGUGGAACCAGUGUGGCAGCGUGCUGGCUGUGGCAGGCUCCCUGAGGGGCAUGGAGAAGGAGGUCAACGUGGUGCAGUUCUACACCCCAUUCGGAGAGCAUUUGCGAACAUUGAAGGUACCUGGCAAGCAGAUGACAGAGGUUGCUUGGGAAGGGGGAGGACUGAGGAUUGGACUGGCUGUUGACUCCUACAUUUACUUUGCCAACAUAAGGCCCGAUUACAAGUGGGGCUACUGCUCCAACACAGUGGUGUAUGCCUAUACCAAGCCUGACCGGCUGGAGUACUGUGUGGUGUUCUGGGACACCAAGAACAACGAGAAGUUUGUCAAGUACGUCAAGAGCCUCAUGUCCAUCACCACGUCUGGAGACUUCUGCAUCCUGGCCACCAAGGCAGAUGACACACACCCACAGGAGGAUGCUGACGUAGAGUCGGGAAAUAAUGCCAUGUAUGUGCUGGUUCUCUGUAACUCCAUUGGGACCCCACUGGAUUCAAAAUACAUUGACAUUGAUCCUCUGUUCGUGACCAUGACUAAGACCCAUGUGAUCGCUGCGUCCAAGGAGGCUUUCUACACCUGGCAGUACCGCGUGGCCAAGAAACUAACUGCCAUGGAGAUCAACCAGGUGUCCAGGACCAGGAAGGAAGGUAGGGAGAGGGUUUAUCAUAUUGAUGAUAGUCCAUCUGGGACCACUGAGGGCCCCCUGGACUUCGCCAAGGCCUUCACUGCAACACGAGACCCCAUUUGUUGCAUCACAGCAACAGACAAGACACUGAUUGUGGGCCGUGAGUCUGGUACCAUCCACAAAUACAGCCUCCCUAACGUUGCUCUGGUGCAGAAAUACUCCUUGAACUACCGGGCCUACCAGCUCUCACUCAACUGUACCUCCAGCCGCCUGGCGAUUAUUGAUAUUUCGGGAGUGCUGACGUUUUUGGACCUGGAGGUGCGUUCGUCUUCGGAUGAUGGCUCUGGAAGCCAGGCGGGGACAGGCGACCCCUCCAAGUUUGAGCGUAAGGACGUCUGGGACAUGCUGUGGGCCAAUGACAACCCUGAUCUGUUUGCCAUGAUGGAAAAGACCAGGAUGUACGUGUUCAGGAACCUGGACCCAGAGGAACCCAUUCAAACGUCUGGAUACAUUUGCAACUUUGAAGACCUGGAAAUCAAAUCGGUCCUGCUAGAUGAAAUCAUGAAGGAUCCGGAGAGGCCGAACAAGGAUUACCUCAUCAACUUUGAGAUCCGCUCCCUCCGCGACAGCCGCGCGCUGAUCGAGAAAGUGGGCAUAGAGGACGCCUCCCAGUUCAUCGAAGACAACCCUCACCCCAGACUCUGGCGCCUAUUGGCCGAGGCGGCCCUCCAGAAGCUGGACCUGAAGACGGCUGAGCAGGCUUUUGUCCGCUGUAAGGACUACCAGGGCAUCGAGUUCGUCAAGAGCCUGGGCAACCUGCAGAGCGAAGCCAUGAAACAGGCCGAGGUGGCGGCCUACUUCGGCAGGUUCGAGGAGGCCGAGAGAAUGUACCUGGACAUGGAUCGCAGGGACCUGGCUAUCAGCCUGAGGAUUAAGCUGGGGGACUGGUUCCGCGUCCUUCAGCUCCUGAAGACGGGAUCAGGUGACUGUGACGAUGCCCUGCUGGAGCAGGCGUACAAUGCCAUCGGGGACUACUUUGCAGACCGACAGAAGUGGGUUAAUGCGGUCCAGUACUACCUUCAGGGGCGCAACCAGGAGAGGCUGGCAGACUGUUACUACAUGCUGGAGGAUUACGAUGGACUGGAACGACUGGCUAGUUCUCUACCGGAGAACCACAAACUGCUACCGGACAUCGGCCAGAUGUUUGUCACCGUAGGCAUGUGUGAGCAGACUGUGAACGCCUACCUGAAGUGCAACCAGCCCAAGGCUGCUGUCGACGCCUGCGUUCAUCUAAACCAGUGGAACAAAGCUGUGGAGCUGGCCAAAAACCACAACAUGAAAGAGAUCAACUCUCUUCUGGCCAAGUAUGCCUCUCACCUGCUGGAGAAGAACAAGCCUUUGGAGGCCGUGGAGUUGUACCGUAAAGCCCAUCAUUUCCUAGAAGCAGCUAAACUCAUGUUCAAGAUAGCGGAUGAGGAGGCUAAGAGGAGGACCCGGCCAUUGAGGGUGAAGAAGCUGUAUGUGCUGGCAGCCCUGCUAGUGGAGAACUACCACAGCCAAGUGAAGACCUCCCAGCAGAACAAGGCCAAAGGGAAGACGUCAGAGGCUACAUCUGCUCUAGCUGGCCUGCUGGAGGAGGACGCCACCUCCUCAGACAACCGCAUGGUGGACAGCGCCUGGCGUGGGGCCGAGGCCUACCACUUCUUCCUGCUGGCUCAGAGGCAGCUGUACGAAGGCUACAUGGUGAAAGCCAUGAAGACAGCUCUCCACCUACGGGACUACGAGGACAUCAUCCCAGUGGUUGAGAUCUACUCCCUGCUGGCCAUCUGCUCGUCAGCCAACCGGGCUUUCAGUACGUGUUCCAGAGCUUUCAUCAAGCUGGAGUCCCUGGAGAGCCUGAGCCCUGAGCAGAGACAGCUCUACGAAGACCUGGCUCUGGAGAUCUUCACCAAACACAGCCCCAAGAACAACCACAUGUCUGGACUGGACAACGCUCCUGAGGGGGCUGAGGGGAAGCUGCCCACCUGCAUCGUGACCGGCUGGACCAUCUCAGAGUACCAGUUCUGGAUGUGCAGCGUGUGUAAGCACUGUGCACUGGAAAACGAGAUUGGCAGCCACAACUUCUGCCCUCUGUGCCACAGCUCGCUGGCAUAAAGUCCAAGAUCUUUAAGUCAAUCAGUACUGCAAACUUUUGAGUUUCCAAGGAUAAGCCCCAAGAACAGGGCAUGUACGACGCAUACAUUGGCUCACACUACACUCAGGCUAACUAAAUACGGUGCCUUCAGAAUUAAUUUAUAGCCCUUGAUUUAUUCCACAUUUUGUUGUUACAGCCUGAAUUCAAAAUGGAUUAAAAAAAAAUCUCACCCAUCUACACACAAUACCCCAUAAUGACGAAGUGAAAACUGGUUUUUAGAAAUGUUUGCUAAUUUAUUGAAAAUGAAAAACAAAAAUAUCUAAUUUUACAUAAGUAUUUACACCCCUGAGUCAAUACUAUGUAGAAGCACCUUUGGCGGUGAUUACAGCUGUGAGUCUUUCUGGGUACGUCUCUAAGAGCUUUCCACAUCGGUACUGUGCAACAUCUGGCCAUUUUUUUAUUUAUUCUUCAAGCUCUGUCAAAUUGGUUGUUGAUCAUUGCUAGACAACCAUUUUCAGGUCUUGCCAUAGAUUUUCAAGUAGAUUGAAGUCAAAACUGUACCCCGGCCACUCAGGAACAUUCAGUGUCUUCUUGGUGAGCAACUCUCGUGUAAAUUUGGCCUUGUGUUUUAGGUUAUCGUCCUGCUGAAAGAUUCAUUAAUCUCCCAGUGUCUGGUGGAAAGCAGACUGAACCAGGUUUUCUUCUAGGAUUUUGCCUGUGCUUAGCU